AUGCCUCGCAACGACUCGACCGCCCACAAAAAGUCCAAAGCAACUCCACCCGCCAAGAAGACUGCGACCCGCAAGGGCAAGUCGUCGUCGUACAACGCCUACAUGAACACCAAGCUCGCCGAGCUCAAGAAGGCCGACCCGGCGCUCAAGCACUCGGAGGCGUACGAGCAGGCGUUCGCAGAGUGGAAGAAGUCGCAAAAGGGCAAGAUAGCGAAGUGA